GAAUAUCCGGCAUUGCUCCGCGCUAUUGCGGACACGCUAUACGUCAAUAUAAACGCCCAUGUAACCUUUUGUUUCUGGGAAAACCAACGAGUCCGUAUUUUUUUUGAUGUUUUAUUUAAAUACGAAGACGUUCGAGUUCCAACAUAACACUAUAUCUACGGCGGAGUGAACUACAACUGGCGACAGGAAGGAACAGACUCCAGACAGAUGGAAGGGUUACCACAAAACUUUGAAAUGAGUGACACCAGGGAAAACAAAUCUAACACGAUAUCAAGGCCUUCGGUCAUUCUCUUUGCUACCAACAUCAUAUUAUCAUUCGUAAUAUUGAUCAUAGUAAUCAUUGUGUUAUCCGGCCAGAAGUCCUCGGAGGAUGCUGGGCACAGCUAGUCAGAGCUCUCUGAGCAAAAUGGAUCAGUCGGCUCUUGCCGUAUUGGAGAGGUUCCCUGGGUAUUUCCGGACAUACGAGGAGCAGGAAACACUGACACAAGGUCUCAAGCGCCAUAUCCCGGUCAAUCAGACGUUUGACUCUGCCAAUUGUAGUGUAGAAUUCAAUGUUCCACGUGAUGUGCCAUGGUGUGUACUAACGCCAGCUACAGAAGACUUUCAUUCCUGCUGUGUGACAACAAUCAGAUAUGAGUCUCCAGCAUUCAAAGUAGACUAUACGGGUGUAAAUAGAACAUUGGCAGUAUUCGGUAAACAACGACAGUUCUUCAGGAGCGAAACAUGCGAACAGGUUAGUGGAUGCCAAAUCUGUGUAUGUCGUAUUGAGGAGGUGUUGUAUACUGCAGUCUAUGACACAGGUGAAGCAGGAUCAGAUACGAGGUAUGGAGUAUCAUUUUUCAACUUCAAUGGGUGCUGCAAAUGUUACAACGAAGGAUAAUAUCCAGAGCGAAGGAAACAACGUUGCACAUGUUUAUCAAUCUAAACUAUUAGAGAGGUCAUCAUACUUAUGUGUGCGUAUAUGUGAAGAAGGGGAAUCCCCUGGAUUUUGUGUGUAUGGCGUCAUCGAUUUAUGCAAUACCGCAUCUGCUACACAUAGCAACAACUUGUACGGCGGCGAUUACAAGUACAAGCGUCUAGGCAAUUUUGUUUGAAUGGCGGCUUUUCUGAGUGAAGUUUUGUGUAACCCUAUGUUUCUGGGCAUCUGUAUUUUCUUACACAAUAUAGUUGUCUUGUUUUAUUUACAAAAUAUCGAGAAAUCGAGUAUUCAAAACAGACGCCUGAAGCAUACCAGCAUACACAUGCAUGUCGUAAAAUGUCGUUUUCAUGACAUACCAGAUGACGUCAGCGUGCACGUGUAUCCCAGAUGUACGAUUCACCUCUCUGUUGACUCUCUUAAGAUUGACCACAUGCAGCAUCGAAAGGUUUUGUUUUAAAAUUUAACAAGGACUGUUACGUUUUACUGUAUAUAUGUAUAUAAUGUUACCCGUACAGUAUUUUAUGUUUACAGAAUAUCGCUGAUAUUGUUAUUGGAAAUGGCCACAGUGGGGAAAAAUAAAAAUUAAUGGAUAAGUAGGCUCAUAAUAAUUUGACACAGAGUGUGAAAAUCAAAGCAUGCCAUUAUUUAAGAAGGUAUAGCAAUGACUCCCACAGCAUACAUUCUUUAUAUCAGUGGAAGUCAUUGCACGACCAGUAAAAAAUGCAUGUAAACAACAAACUAUUUCAAACAAGUAAACCAAACCCCUGCUUUUUAUAUUAUAUAUGAUGAUAAAAACUACUAAUAGAAAUAUAUGUACACAUUAUAUAGGAUCUGAGAAUUUCCAUGUCAUAUGACACACGUCUUGAAAUGUUUAUUUUUUUUUAUAAGACUUUGCUCAUACAAGACUUUCAGAAUCCAUCUUCAGAUGAUCCAACAUUACUUACAGGGCCGUAGUGGCUUAGUGGUUAAGGUGUCCAGACAAUGUAUCACUAGCUUUUCACCUCCAGGUCGGAUGGCCGUGGUACUGAACUGUAUUGCUUUAGCAAUACCUAGUAUGUUUGUUUUAUUUAGAGUAAGUAUGUUUAUAUGUUGUUCAUCCACAAAUAGUUGAUUAUAAAUAAAUGAUAAAAAUAAAUAAAUAAAAACAAAUGUUUGCUAGGAUAUUUUAUAUCGUGGCAUGAGGUGCUAUUGUUGUAAUAAGAGCUAAUUAGGAAAACCAUUAUUAGGACAUGUCAUGUUUUAUCUUAUGCAUAAUUUACGUAUUAAACAGAAUAUCAUUAUUAUUAUGUUUUUAUCGACUAUGAAUAUGCUCUAUACUUGCGUUAUUGCCGCUUCCACCAGUCAAUACCUGCGGAUGUUCGUCCACACAAACAUACUCGGAAGCAGCCACAUGCAUGGUAUCAUUUGAUGAAAGACUCCCUUAAUAAACUUUAUUCCAGCCGCCGUAGCAUUCGGUUCCCGCCGGAAUCAUCAGUCCCGUAGAGUGUUUUGUUUAACGACAGACUGCACAAGGAACAUCUUCAGUGAUGUCGCCCGUGUCAUAGAGAAUUGGAACCUCGUAUUCGGCACCAUACAUAAAAGCGGGCUGUCGACUUCUCAAGUCUCGUGUGGUCCCCGUAUAGGGCCAGGAGGUAGAUAAACCUAGUUAGAGGAAGGUCCGGGAUGAUUUAGUACGACCCUCCUGUAUACACUUUAGUUAAAUAUAACCUGAAUGAUGAACAUUACAAUAUCAAUGGUC